AUGGACGCAGCGGGAGGUGCGAAAGGGAGCGAUGGCGUGGAGAAGAAGGGAGAGGGGAACGGGAACGGGAGCGGGAACGGCGGAGGCGGCGACGCCGGGAAGAAGGUGCCGUUCACGGGGCUGUUCCGGUACGCCGACGGCACGGACGUGCUGCUCAUGCUCCUCGGCACCGUGGGGGCGCUGGCCAACGGCGUCUCGCAGCCCGUCAUGACGGUCAUCUUCGGCCAGGUCAUCAACGCCUUCGGCAACGCCACCACCGACAACGUCCUCCACCGCGUCAACCAGGCAGUUCUGAACUUUGUCUACCUAGGCAUUGCAACAGCGGUUGUUUCCUUUCUUCAGGUGUCAUGUUGGACAAUGACAGGAGAAAGGCAGGCAACACGCAUUCGAUCUCUGUACCUCAAAUCUGUCUUGAGACAAGAAAUAGCAUUCUUUGAUGUAGAAAUGACAACUGGGCAGAUAGUUUCAAGGAUGUCUGGUGAUACCGUGUUAGUUCAGGAUGCCAUUGGUGAGAAGGUCGGCAAGUUUCAACAGCUUGUGGCAACCUUCAUUGGCGGUUUCGUGAUAGCAUUCGUAAAAGGAUGGCUUCUAUCUCUUGUCAUGUUGGCAUGCAUACCUCCAGUUGUCAUUGCUGGUGGAGUUGUCUCAAAAAUGCUUGCUAAAAUAUCUACCAAGGGGCAAGCAUCAUACAGUGAUGCAGGCAAUAUUGUUGAACAGACACUUGGGGCUAUAAGAACUGUUGUCUCCUUCAAUGGGGAGAAACAGGCUAUUGCAUUGUAUAAUAAACUCAUACACAAGUCAUACAAGGCUGCUGUUGAAGAAGGAAUUACCAGUGGUUUUGGCAUGGGUUCUGUUUUCUGCAUAUUUUUCUCAAGCUAUGGUUUAGCCAUAUGGUAUGGCGGAAAGUUGAUUCUUAGCAAAGGUUACUCAGGAGGAGACGUCAUCAAUAUCUUGUUUGCUAUAAUGACUGGGGCAAUGUCUUUAGGUAAUGCAACACCCUGCAUGGCAGCCUUUGCAGAAGGACAAUCUGCGGCAUACAGAUUGUUCACAACGAUCAAGAGGAAACCAGAGAUUGACCCAGAAGACCCAACUGGUAAGCAACUAGAAGACAUCAAGGGUGAUGUUGACCUAAAUGACGUGUACUUCAGCUACCCAGCGAGACCAGAGAAACUAAUAUUUGAUGGGUUCUCGCUACAUGUGUCUAGCGGCACUACAAUGGCUAUAGUUGGGGAGAGUGGAAGUGGCAAGUCAACCGUGAUAAGUCUUGUAGAGAGAUUCUAUGAUCCACAAGCUGGUGAGAUUUUGAUUGAUGGGAUUAACAUCAAGAGUUUGCAGCUUGAUUGGAUACGAGGGAAGAUUGGUCUUGUUAACCAAGAGCCAUUGCUCUUUAUGACAUCUAUCAAAGAUAAUAUAACAUAUGGAAAAGAAGAUGCAACAAUUGAAGAGAUCAAAAGAGCAGCUGAGCUUGCUAAUGCAGCAAAUUUCAUCGAUAAGUUACCCAAUGGUUAUGACACGAUGGUUGGCCAACGUGGUGCUCAGCUAUCAGGGGGACAAAAGCAAAGGAUCGCUAUUGCAAGAGCAAUCAUCAAAAACCCCAGAAUUCUUUUGUUAGACGAGGCUACUAGUGCAUUGGAUGUGGAGUCGGAGCGGAUUGUUCAGGAGGCACUGAAUAGGAUCAUGCUGGAUAGGACAACACUUGUGGUUGCACAUCGCCUAAGUACUGUGAGAAAUGCUGAUUGCAUAUCAGUUGUUCAACAAGGGAAAAUAGUUGAACAAGGUCCCCACGAUGAACUGAUAAUGAACCCUGAUGGUGCUUAUUCUCAACUUAUUCGUCUCCAAGAAAGCAAAGAAGAAGAACAGAAAUUAGAUCAUCACAUGUCUGAUUCAAGGUCUAAAAGUAGAAGCCUCUCACUGAAGCGAUCAAUAAGCAGAGGUUCAACGGGAAACAGUAGUCGGCAUUCUUUGACCCUCCCCUUUAGCAUGCCUGGUUCAGUUGAAUUGCUUGAAGGCAAUGAUGCAAAUUGGGAGGAUGAGAAAGAGCAGGCUCGUGAUGGUGAGGCCCCAAAGAAAGCUCCAAUGGGACGGCUAGCUAGUCUAAACAAGCCAGAGGUGCCUAUUCUUUUGUUAGGAUCGCUAGCUGCUGGAGUCCAUGGAGUGCUUUUCCCAAUGUUUGGUCUAAUGAUCUCCAAUGCCAUCAAAACAUUCUAUGAGCCGCCACACCAACUAAAAAAGGAUGCAAGCUUUUGGGGUUUGAUGUGUGUUGUGCUGGGUAUUGUAUCAAUACUAUCAAUACCAGUGGAGUAUUUCUUAUUUGGGGUAGCCGGGGGGAAGCUUAUCGAGCGUAUCCGUGCCUUGUCAUUUCGGAGCAUUGUGCACCAAGAAGUUGCUUGGUUUGAUGAUCCCAAAAAUUCCAGUGGAACACUUGGCGCAAGGUUGUCAGUUGAUGCUUUGAAUGUCCGACGUUUAGUGGGUGAUAACUUGGCCUUGGCAGUUCAGGUCACCUCGACAAUAAUUGCAGGAUUUGUCAUUGCUUUUGUGGCAGAUUGGAAGCUCACAUUGAUCAUCCUUUGUGUGAUGCCACUAUCGGGUGUUCAAGGUUAUGCACAAGUGAAGUUCUUGAAGGGUUUCAGUCAAGAUGCCAAGAUAAUGUAUGAAGACGCAAGUCAAGUGGCCACCGAUGCAGUCAGCAGUAUCAGGACUGUAGCUUCUUUUUGUGCUGAAAAAAGAGUGACGACAAUUUAUGAAGAUAAAUGUGAAGCGUCAAAGAAACAAGGAGUCAGAACAGGAAUGGUUGGAGGCCUUGGUUUUGGUUUCUCAUUCUUGAUGUUGUACCUAACAUACGGACUUUGUUUCUACGUUGGAGCACAAUUUGUUCGUCAUAACAAAUCUACUUUUGGAGAUGUUUUCAAGGUAUUUUUUGCACUGAUGUUGGCAACAAUUGGAGUAUCUCAAACAAGUGCAUUGGCUUCUGAUUCUACAAAGGCCAAGGAUUCAGCCGUCUCCAUAUUCGCAUUAUUGGACAGAAAGUCCAAAAUCGACUCAAGCAAUGAUGAAGGUUCGACGCUACAUGAGGUCAAGGGCGACAUCGAUUUCCGACAUGUCAGCUUCAAGUAUCCAAGCCGCCCAGAUAUUCAAAUAUUUAGCGACUUUACCUUGCACAUUCCCUCUGGCAAGACUGUUGCACUUGUGGGAGAGAGUGGCAGUGGCAAGUCAACGGUAAUCUCUUUGUUGGAACGAUUCUACAACCCCGACUCUGGUACUAUCUCAUUGGAUGGAGUAGAGAUCAAAAGCCUAAAAGUCACUUGGUUAAGGGACCAAAUGGGUCUGGUGGGCCAAGAGCCUAUUCUCUUCAAUGACACAAUCCGUGCCAACAUAGCUUAUGGGAAACAUGGGGAGGUCACUGAGGAGGAGCUCAUCAAGGUCGCAAAGGCAGCCAAUGCGCAUGAGUUCGUAUCAAGCCUUCCCCAGGGGUAUGACACCACUGUUGGAGAGAGGGGGGUUCAGCUAUCUGGUGGCCAGAAGCAGCGGGUAGCCAUAGCAAGGGCUAUACUAAAAGAUCCUAGGAUUCUACUUCUUGACGAGGCAACGAGUGCCUUGGAUGCUGAGUCUGAGCGCAUAGUGCAGGAUGCCUUGGAUAAUGUGAUGGUUGGCAGGACAACAGUUAUUGUGGCACACCGCCUCUCGACGAUCAAAAGUGCUGAUAUUAUCGCAGUUCUCAAGGAUGGCGUGAUAGUGGAGAAAGGAAGACAUGAGGCACUGAUGAAUAUCAAAGAUGGAUUCUAUGCUUCUCUAGUUGAACUUCGUUCAGCCUCAUCAUAG